AUGGCCGACCGGCUUUCCCCUCCGCCACGUGCCGCGCAAUCUAAGCCGGCCCGCGCGCGUCGCAGCGGCUCGUGGCACGCGUUCCUCUCGCUCUCUGAGACGUCUCAAAAGUCGUUCCUCUCGCCCAAUGGCGCAGACGGUCAAGCCUCACCCGCGGUCGCCGCGGCUGCCAUCCCUUCCGCAAUUCCCGCCGCAAUUCCCGCCACCGCGACCGCCGCGCCCGUCGCCGGUUCGUCGCAAGCAGAAAGCGCGGACGGCGGCGCAAGACCCGCCGCAGAGCGCGGUCGCGAGGCCUCCCCGUUGCUUCCGCCCUCUCUCAGCGAUAGAGCGCAGUCCCCGCAUCCGCUUACCUCCAGAUCUCCGCUUAGAAACGCCGCCGCCAACGCUCGCGCGUGGUGCGCGCGACGGUACCGCGGAAUCCUUCCGCCUGCGGGGGAAACCGCGACAACGCCGCGGAACGCAUUAGCCCGCGUGGCAGGGGCGGGGGGGAUCACAGGGGCAGGCGGAGCUGCGCCCUCGAGCGGCGGGGAGGGUAGCGCCGGCGGAAGCGACGACCGCCUCGCUGGGGCAAGGGGGAAGCGGAGCAGGCAGGGGGCCAAUGCGGCGUCCGUUGGACUCGCGAAAAGAUCCGACUCGAGUCAACCAAGUCAACCAGGUCAAACGGGUUAUCCUGUUCAACGGGGUCAACCGAGUCAACGAGUCCAGGUCUCCCCGCGCCCGUCCGCGUGCCCGUCGGAGCGGUCGAGUGCGUGGGGGCCAGGCGGAAGCAGCAGCACGAGUGAUUAUAGCGAGGGGACUGAAGACGAGGAUGCGAUGUGGGAGGAUAGCGACUGGAUGUCCGCGGAGGAAGGGGAAGGGAGAGAAAACGGCGGUAAGUGGUGGUCCUUCAAGGGAUGGGCGACGAAAAGACGCGGAGAUGCGAAUUUUGAGGGUGAUUACCCCUCCUGGGCUGGUUGGGGCGGGAGAAGUUCUUGGGGAAGCCGAGGACGGGCAGGGGGAGGGGUGAGGGGGGAGGCUGGCGGCGCGGAGAUCCCAAGGGGGGAAGUUGAGGUGAUGAACUUCCAGGCGGCGCGGCUGGCGGAGGUGCAGCAGGAGUGCGACAAGUGGACGGCGCUGCUGGAGAGCCACUUCCGUCAAUCCGCUGAUCAGGUGAGUGGUGGGGAGGGGUUGGGGGUUGAAAGGGAUGAGGUGCGGCUAUUGGGAGCGGUCGUCUCAACCUUCUACUUCCAAAAGCCAAACGCCACUCUCGAUCAGCCCACCUUCUCGUCCCUCGUGAAUGCGACGGACUACGCCCGCCCGCUGCUGUUUGCCGUCUCCUUUUCCCGGCGGGUGACUCAGGCUGAGCGGCCGGCGUUUGAGAAACAGCAGCAGCAGCAGCUGGGGGACCCUGGGUAUUGCAUCAGGCACGGCAGCAUGUGUGCGGGCAGCCAGGCCGAGCUCGCCCCCAUCGUGCUCACCAGCGCAUCGGCCUCCGUGAUUGGCCAGGGCCUCCUGGCGCCCUCCUCCCAUCCUGACCACCCGUUGACCGGCGUUGACUCGGUUGACCUGCCUGAAGACCAGCUUGCGUUGCAGGAGUUUCUGGCAUGGGCCAACCGCCCAGCAACAAUAGAGGCGGUGACGCGAGCGCGGGACUAUGGAGUAAUGGGGGCACUCACGCCCCCGUUCCCCCUCAACCUCUCUCUCUCCUUCACUAAGAGGCCCAUUUCGCGCGGCCUCUUUAUAGUCUUCCCCGUUUACCGCACGCCCGACCCGCUGCCGGACGGUUUGUCUUCUAGCGAGUACCAGGCGGCGUGCCUCGGCUACAUGACGGCAAUCAUUGACUUUGAGCCGAUGUGGGAUGCGAUGCUGGAGGAACCCUCCCACCUCACUCUCCCCACACCCUCCCACCUCACUCUCCCCACACCCUCCCACCUCACUCUCCCCACACCCUCCCACCUCACUCUCCCCACACCCUCCCACCUCACUCUCCCCACACCCUCCCACCUCACUCUCCCCACACCCUCCCACCUCACUCUCCCCACACCCUCCCACCUCACUCUCCCCACACCCUCCCACGCUUGCUUGCUCUUUCUCCAACCACCCACACCCCAGGAAUACCACGGCUUGGCCCUGCCCAUGUUUGCACGAAUUUACGACGUCACUGGGAGCAGCGGGGAGAAGGGGAAGCGUGCGGGGGAGGUUAUUUACGAGCCUAGAGGACAAGAGUUGCCGCCCGGACAGGAGGACUCGUAUGCGCAUGUGAACGUGGUGAAUCUGGGGGACAAGUACCGCGAGUACGAGAUGCGGUGCAGGUGGGUACAACACAACGUAUGUAUUCCCGGCAGCGAGUGCAGGGUGGGCUAUCCUCGUUAUAGUGGUGAUGGGUCUCAACCCCCCUCAACCCGCCUCAACCCCUCUCAACCCUCCCCCCACAGGUACAACACAACCUAUGAGUUCCCAGCCGCAAGUGCAGGGUGGGCUAUACUCGUUAUAGUGGUGAUGGGCCUCGCUGCAUAUGUGUACUGGGCGGCGUGUGAGCGCGUGCAGCAGUUGGAGAGGGAUUACCAGCGGUUGGAAGCGGUGAAGAACCGCAUGAAAGCGGCCAAGAGGGUUGCGGAGCGGGCGAGUAAGGCCAAGGGCUUGUUCCUUACCACGAUGAGCCACGAGCUACGCACGCCACUGAAUGGUGUCAUAGGUGGGUGCUGUGUGGUGUUGUGUGGUGCUGGUGAUAGUGGUCUCCGCUUCGAGGGUGGUGGAAAGGGCGAGUCAAGCGAAGGGCGCGUUCUCACUGCUAUGAGUUACGAGCUGCGCACGCCGCUCGCGGCCGUCAUAGGUGGGUGCUAUGCGUCAUCGGUGGGUGGUGUGCGGUGCUGUGUGGUUGCUGGUGCUGGUGGUAUUGUUGUUAUUGGUGCUGCUGGUGGUGCUGGUGGUGUUGGCGGUGUUGGUGCUGCUGGUGGUGCUGGUGGUGUUGGUGGUGCUGGUGGUGCUGGUGGUGUUGGCGGUGUUGGUGGUGCUGGUGGUGCUGGUGGUGUUGGCGGUGUUGGUGCUGCUGGUGGUGCUGGUGGUGUUGGUGGUGCUGGUGGUGCUGGUGGUGUUGGCGGUGUUGGUGGUGCUGGUGGUGCUGGUGGUGCUGGUGGUGUUGGUGGUGUUGGUGGUGCUGGUGGUGCUGGUGGUGCUGAUGGUGUUGGUGGUGUUGGUGUUGGUGGUGUUGGUGGUGCUGGUGGUGCUGGUGGUGCUGGUGGUGCUGGUGGUGUUGGUGGUGUUGGUGGUGUUGGUGGUGUUGGUGGUGUUGGUGGUGCUGGUGGUGCUGGUGGUGCUGGUGGUGCUGGUGGUGCUGGUGGUGUUGGUGGUGUUGGCGGUGUUGGUGGUGCUGGUGGUGCUGGUGGUGCUGGUGGUGCUGGUGGUGCUGGUGGUGCUGGUGGUGCUGGUGGUGCUGGUGGUGCUGGUGGUGCUGGUGGUGCUGGUUCUGAUGCUGCUGGGGCUGCUGGGCUGGCGGGCCUGUAUGUGCCUACAUGCAUGCUGAACCUGCUGCUGGAGACAGCUCGCACCAGCGGGCGGGCUCUGCUUGAAGUGCCGGUGCUGGCGCCCCGCAUGCUGAACCUGCUUCUGGAAACACCCCUCACGGUGACCCAACUAGACUAUGUGGAGACGGCUCGCACCAGCGGGAGGGCGCUGCUGGAACUCAUCACUGACAUCCUCGACCUCUCCAAGAUUGAAGCGCAGAAGAUGCAGUUGGAGCACAUACCCAUGGACGCGCAGAAGAUGCAGUUGGAACACAUACCCAUGGACGUGCGCGGAGAGGUGGACACGGUGCUCACCAUGUUCAUCGAGCGCUUCCGAGACAAGCCGCUGCUGCAGGUGGCGGCCUAUGUUGACCCGCUCGUGCCGGCAUCUGUCCUCGGGGAUUCCCUGCGCUUCCGCCAGGUGGGUUGUGGGAAUGAGGCACUGGACCCUCUCUGCAAGGUUGUGAGUUCUGAGGUGACUUUUGAGUCGACUCGGAAGUCCCGUGGACUGUCAGGUGGGCUGUCAGGUGGGCUGUCAGGUGGACUUUCAGGUGGACUGUCAGAUGGGCUGUCAGGUGGACUGUCAGGUGGCUGUCAGGUGGGCUGUCAGGUGGACUGUCAGGUGGACUGUCAGGUGGUCUGUCAGGUGGGCUGUCAGGUGGACUGUCAGGUGGGCUGUCAGGUGCUGAUCAAUCUGCUGUCCAACGCAUGCAAGUACACCGAACGUGGACACAUCUUCAUCGCCAUCCGCACGGCCGACAUUCACGAGGACCUUCGGCGAGACGCUACCCGAUCGCAGUCGAAGCGAGGGAUUGCCCACCAGCAGCAGCAGCAGCAGCAGCAGCAGCAGCAGCAGCAAGAACAAGAGCAUCAAGAGACGGGGACAGGGCAUCUGCAACAACAACGGCAGUGGCAACAAGAACAGGAUAAGCAGCAGCAGGAGCAGGAUAAGCAGCUGGCACUGGCAGCACCGUCCUCUUGUGAAGAUGCCUCCACAACAGUUACCAGCCUGAUAGCGUCGCACAGCAUGCACCCCUCGUCUGGCUCUGGGCGGCCGAAUCUCGGCAUAUCUGGGGAGUUUGUCGGGCAGCAAGCAGCGGCGGUCGCAACAAGCCAGGGGGGGGCGUCACAAGGACAGGCAUGGGGGCUUGCCUUUGCUUCAAGAGGUGCUAGCAGGACGUGGACAAACGGAGCCCCCUGGCUGCGCACACUCUUUCCUGGUUCACCUUCAAGCAGCGCCGCUAUUGGCAGUGGCCGUCAUGGCAAUGCUGGAAAAGAGAGCGGUGCACAUGGUACUAGUGCAAGUGGCGGUGCUGCUCAAGUGGAGGAGGGAGAUAUCGAGGCAGCCCGGGGGGGUGGGGGUGAGGCAGCCAGUGCAUGUAACCCCAGGACCCGUGCUGCUGCCGCCGCUGCUGCAGUGGAAGGUGGUGGUGAUGCCGCUAGCAGUGCUUGGCGGAGCAGCGUGAGCGCUGCGUGCGGGCUGCCCCUGGGUGCAUGCGCGGGCGAGCAGCGGCUGCUGGCGUAUCAACAGCUAGAAGACGGGCAGGGAGAGCUGGAAUACGAGCCGGUGGGGGCCGAAGACGCACUGGUUGAGGCACGGGGGUUGGCAAGGGAGAGAAGGUUGGCGGGGGAGGGGACGCAAGGCGAGGAGCACGAGCUGUUGCAGGUGGUGGUGCAUUGUAUGAGACCUCCAGUUUCAGACACCAGCCUUGCUGCUGUUGCUGCUGCUGGUGAUGUUCGCACAAGCAGUGAAAAGCAGCAAGUGCAGCAAGUGCAGCAAGUGCAGCAAGUGCAGCAAGUGCAGCAGGUGCAGCAAGUGCAGCAAGUGCAGCAGCAGCAGGUGCACGUGACGCUGAGUGGGCGGGCGGCAGUGAGGAGCUGCAACAGCUGGCACGUGCUGGCGGCUAGGCGGGCCGCGUGGCUGCAGCAGGGGCGGCAAGAAGCAGUGCUGCGAGGGGGAGAGGGGUGCGGGAGGGUCAAGCGGGGUGAGGAGGGAGAUGGGGAUGAGGGGGGAGAUGGGGAGGGAGCCAAGGAAGGGUGCGUGGAGGUGGGCUGCGAGUGGGAGAGGCAGCAAUUAGUGACAGGAGGAGCAGCAGGAGGAAGUGGGGCAGCAGUGGGAGUGGCAGCAGACGACAGGCCUCAAACCGUUCGAUUGGUGGUUUCUGUUGAGGACACAGGCGAGGGGAUCCCCUACGCAGCCCAACGCACCAUCCUGAAGCCGUUCACGCAAGCGGACCCCAGCACGACACGCACGCACGGCGGCACGGGAAUCGGGCUGUCCAUCAGCCGCCACCUCGUCGACCUCAUGGGGGGGCGCCUCUCCUUCUCCUCACGCCCUGGCCUCGGCAGCACCUUCUAUUUUGACCUCCUCCUGCCCUGCGACCAACCUCGGCCCGAGCCUGUGCCGAACCUCCUGCAACCGGACCUGGUUUCUGCUUCGGGAAAGUGUUCCCGAAGUGGAAAUGGGACUGUGGCUGGGGUGGCAGAUGCUGUUUCUACUGCUGGUGCUGCUGAUGCGGCUGCUGCUGCUGCUGCCGCUGCCACUGAUGUUGGUACCAUGGGUCCUCUGCGCGGUUCCUUCCUUUCUCCUUUCGGUUUGAAAGACAGGGAUGGAUUGGCAAGCCUGAGCGAGAUCAAGGAAGCUGUGGUUCGGGCCAGGCUCGGCGCAAUCCUAUUGGACGACCGGCCGGUGAGGCUCGGGGUGCUGGAGAGCCUGCUCAACAGGCUCGGCAUGCUGGUGCUCAACUCUACGUUUGGCACCAGCUCUGGUGAUGAGGUUCCUCUGUUGCAGCCGGUGGUGGUGUUUGUGGAUCAUGAAUGGCUUGAGCUGCAACAGCAGCAGGAGGAGAGGGAUGAGCGGAAGGAGGAAACGGAGGAGAAGGAAGAGGAGGAGGAGGAUAAGGGAGAGGAGGAGGAUGGGGAGCAUACAGAGAAACAUGUACCUGCUGCUGCUGCUGCUGCUGGUGCUGGGGAGCAUGGGUGUGCGGCUGAAGGAGCAGGUGGGGAGCAUGGGUGUGCGGCUGAAGGAGCAGGUGGGGAGCAUGGGUGUGCGGCUGAAGGAGCAGGUGGGGAGCAUGGGUGUGCGGCUGAAGGAGCAGGUGGGGAGCAUGGGUGUGCGGCUGAAGGAGCAGGUGGGGAGCAUGGGUGUGCGGCUGAAGGAGCAGGUGGGGAGCAUGGGUGUGCGGUGACAGAGGGGGUGCGUGGGCUGCGUGCAACGAUCUCUAUGACCGAUUGGAUGCUCCACUCGCCCUCCCUUGACUCCCUCACUGCUGCUGCUGCUGCUGUCUCUGCUCCUUCUGCUGCCCCUGCCACUGCUGCCACUGCUGCUGCUGCUGCUGCUGCUGCCACUGCUGCUGCUGCUGCGAUUGCUGCUUCGGCUGCUUCUGAGGCUGAAGAUUCACAAACAUCAGCAUCAGCAGCAGCAGCAGCAGCAGCAGCAGCAGCAGGGACAAAGAUAGGGGCAACAGCAGGGUCAGGGGCAGCAGGCUUCAAGGCAGGAAGCAAUGCCGGAGCUAUGACCCCUUCUGAAGCAUCUCCUGCUUCCCUCUCAUCGCCAUCCUCCAACGCUCUGCCGCCCACCCACCACGUGCGGGCGGCAAGCUGGGGCGGCUUUUUGGACAUGGCGGGCGGCAGUCUAGUGAAGGGGUGGGAGAGCCCGCAGUUUGGGGAGAAUCUUUCCCCCGUGGGGGGAAGGGAGGCCUCUAGGGGGAGCCCUGCGCCCAUGAGGGGGGGAGGGGGGGAAGGGGAGUGGGGGAGCAGGGGGAGUGUGAGUCUACGGAGGGAGGCAGGGGGAAAGCGAUUCAGUGUCGACAUUGUGAGGCGUGCCUUUAUGGACGAUAGGCCGAUCAGAAGCAACAGCGGGGGCCGGACAAGAAGCAAGGGGGCGGCACAGGCUAGCCGACAAAACCCCUGGAGUCAACCGAGUCAACACAGUCAACUGAGCCCGCGCAUUCCAUCACCAGUAGCGCCAGGAACAGCAGCAGUGACGGUGGCAGCUGGAGCAGGCACUCCCUCCGCCGUGGCGGUGCGCAGGGCGAGCAGCAGCGCUGCGCAGCAGCUGAUGCAGGCUUUAAGCGGGCGGCGCGUGCUGGUGGUGGACGACAACAUGGUCAACCGCAAGUCUUUGAGGCGCCUCAAAGGGCGGCGCGUGCUGGUGCGUAUUUGUGCUCCUCAACCCUCCCUCCCGCCCUCCCUCCCUCCCUCCCUCCCUCCCUCCCUCCCUCCCUCCCUCCCUCCCUCCCUCCCUCCCUCCCUCCCUCCCUCCCUCCCUCCCUCCCUCCCUCCCUCCCUCCCUCCCUCCCUCCCUCCUCCCUCCCGCCCUCCCUCCCUCCCUCCCUCCCUCCCUCCCUCCCUCCCUCCCUCCCUCUCCUCCCUCCCUCCCUCCCUCCCUCCCUCCCUCCCUCCCUCCCUCCCUCCCUCCCUCCCUCCCUCCCUCCCUCCCUCCCUCCCUCCCUCCCUCCCUCCCCUCCCUCCCUCCCGCCCGCCCGCCCUCCCUCCCUCCCUCCCUCCCUCCCUCCCUCCCUCCCUCCCUCCCUCCCUCCCUCCCUCCCUCCCUCCCUCCCUCCCUCCCUCCCUCCCUCCCUCCCUCCCUCCCUCCCUCCCUCCCUCCCUCCCUCCCUCCCUCCCUCCCUCCCUCCCUCCCCUCCCUCCCUCCCGCCCGCCCGCCCGCCCUCCCUCCCUCCCUCCCUCCCUCCCUCCCUCCCUCCCUCCCUCCCUCCCUCCCUCCCUCCCUCCCUCCCUCCCUCCCUCCCUCCCUCCCUCCCUCCCUCCCUCCCUCCCUCCCUCCCUCCCUCCCUCCCUCCCUCUCUCCCUCCCUCCCUCCCUCCCUCCCUCCCUCCCUCCCUUUCCCCCCCCCCCCUUCCCUCCCCACCAGGUGAUAAGCCGCAUGCUGCAGCGGUACGGGGUGCAAGUGGAGGAGGUGGAUGGGGGGGGCAAGGCAGUGAAGCGGGUGCAGGAGAUGCGCGACGGUGCUGCCUUGCCACUUGACUGCGUCUUCAUGGACAUUCAGAUGCCGGGAAUGGACGGCUACGAAGCAGUCUCCCACAUCCGCAGCAUGGAGCAGGAAACUCCCCCAACCACGGCAGCAUCUCCAUCCUCUUCAACCCCACCUGCAUCUCCAUCACCCCCCCAAUCAAAAGCACCAGUGAAAAGCUCUACAACCCCACCUGCAACCACAUCACCCUCCGCAUUAAAAGCACUCUUACCAAAAAGCCUAUCAGACACCAAAAUCCCACCAGACACCAGGAACCCGUCGGCGUCAGGCUCCCCUCGAAGCUCAUCAGCAGAGGCGGCAGCAGAAGCACCAGUGGCAGGUGCAGCGAGGGCAGAGAAGGGGCGGCUGCUGGUGAUAGCGCUGACUGCAGAUGUGGGUUCGGGCACACGGGAGCGGUGUGCCAAGGCUGGGAUGGAUGGAUACAUGACGAAACCCAUAGAGGAGCAGCAGCUGUCGCGUGUGGUGCUCCCAUUCUUUGCUGCGCUGGCGGGUAACUUUUGA